AUCGAUGACAACCCAGGAUGACAGUUACGAAUAAUACGUGGAAGUGAAAAUAACUAAUCGCAUAUCGUUUCGUGUUUUGUUUAAUUCCUUAAAAUUCCAUGAAAACAUUCCUGUCGGUCGGCAAAUAGAAGUUAAGACCCCGGUGCAAACAUGUCCGCGGCCCGAAAACCUUCCGACGGCCUGCUGGCGCGCGUCAAUUUCCCUCUGUACGCCAUCGAAAUGCUCACCAGCCGACACGUUCUGGUAGCAGGCGGCGGUGGUGCCUCGAAAACAGGUGUUGCGAAUGGAUUUGAAAUCUACGAGAUCUACCACGAUGGGGAAAAGUACGUCGCGGAUGAGGUGAUACGCCACGAAACAGGCCCAUCGGUUGUGAUGAACUGUGCGGUGAAGAACGACGAAAAGCGAACGCUGCUGAUGGCUGGCCAGGAGAGCCACUGCCAAAUGUAUCUCGUAAACACUAUCAUUGAUUCGGGAGACUACAAUCCCACCUCGCCCGUCUCGAACAAAUCGGACCCGGAAGGGAUGCGCAAGCGACGAAGCAUUUCCCAACAACGGCCCAUACCUGUGAAUGCAAAUGCUCCACCGGCGUCAACUGUUCCUGGAGGCGAUCCGAAAAAAACCGACGAGGAGAAGCUAGCACCAUCAGCACCCAAAAAACAGAUACGGUUCGAAAUCAAAACGGCCGACUCAGUUCAGACAGACUUUACCGAAGCAGAACCACUGCAGCGGGUCGUCCGAAUCAGUCCCAACGGACGCCUGAUGGCAACGGGUGGCAUGGACGGACACCUGCGGGUUUGGAACUUUCCAAAGAUGACACUCGCAUCGGAUAUUGCGGCGCACACGAAGGAGAUUGACGAUCUGGACUUUAGUCCGGACAGCAAGCACGUUGUGUCCAUCGCAAAGGACGGCCUCGGUGUCAUCUGGUCAAUCAAUCCGGACAAAGAGUCGAAAAAACUAGUCUGGACUCCGCCAGCGAAUUGUCGCUAUCUGUUGAAACGCUGCCGAUACGGGUUGGUAGAGGGCGUGAAGGACAAAUUCCGACUAUUCACGCUUGCUAAUCCGUUCGCCAAGUCGGGUAAAGCGAAGGGAUUAUUGCAACAGUGGAAUCCGGAAGCGGGCCGUUUGACCGGAGUGGUUGAGAUUGACGAGUCGUUGGCCGCACUGGCAGUACGGGACGAUGGACGCUUUGUGGCGAUCGGUACGAUGUUCAGUGGCUCGGUGUCCGUGUACAUUGCCUUCAGCUUGCAGCGCGUGCUCCACGUCCCAAAUGCACACGCAAUGUUUGUAACGGGCCUGGAGUUCAUCCCGGUAACCAACUUUGAUGGGCCGGCUAUUACCGGCGAUACGGAGGCGGCUGUCCUCUCCAUUUCCGUCGACAAUCGCAUCUGUGUUCACAGCUUACCAUACAGACAUUCACUGCCAGCAUGGGUGGCUAUUAUCGCAAUCAUUUGUAUAUUGUUUUUAACAUUCUGCUUCUGCUCGUACGUCGGGCUGUAACUCGAAAUUGCCUUGAUACGAUGGUGAUAUUGGACAUGGCGAGCUGGAGCCAAACCAUCGAACAGCCGAAACGAUUUCAGCCAAAGGAAAUCAACACUACUACUUAGCAUUUUGUGCACCUUAGGUGAAAAGCACCAGCAGCGCGAUGGGGAGUUAGGAAUCUUUCAAUGGGGCGAAACAGCGCAACUGCGUCGUAUUAUUAUAAUAAUUUGCGUUUUCUUUUUGUUUUGUUGUUGAGUACGAUAGUUGCGGAAAAUUCUAAUUUAUUUGACUAACUGCACUGUACAGCAAGAGGUAGGAAAUGAAUAAAUAUACUGUUAAUUGUGGCUAGAGGAACAGCACGGUUCAACCGAAUACAUCACUUGAUAUUUGGAUGGAAAUCGAAAACUCCAUUUUUCAUUUCGUGUCCAUUUAUCGUUGCAAAUCACCUGUUGACAGACUUUUUGCUUUUAAAAUAUUCUUGUUUUGUUACUUGCAGAACAACUCCAUUAAAAUCUUGGAACUAUUGUAAAUUAACAGUUUUGUGAUUAAAUGAUGCCGCUUUUUUCAACGUU